ACAACAACAACAUUAUUUUCGUCCUAACUACACCGCCUUGACAACCACACUUCCAAGAGACCAAAUUCUGGCAUAUAAAACCGAAGGGACUGAGACAUUAACUCUUCUGAACGUCCAAAAAUCCAUUUUUCUUCUUUUUUGUCGUCAAAUUUGACUUCUCAGAGGGUUGUGGCCGUCCCGGGACACUGGUGCUUGGCUGUAGCCCGGGUGCGGCUAAGCCUAACCGAGGCUAACGGAGGCUAACCUUCCAGGAGGCUUCCCACAGGCGACAAGGCGAUUUCUAACGACGUCUUCCGGCUGCAAACUCGGUGUUGGAGCAGCAGUCUCUCCGUUAGUAGGAGAUAUCGGUAGUUACUGGGGUGGUGGAGGUAUGACUGCGUUGGCGGGGUCAAUACCCAGGAUGAUGCGACCCACGCUGGCUCAGAAUUACCCCCGCAGCGGCUUCCCACUGGAAGUGUCAACACCGUUGGGUCAAGGCCGAGUGAACCAGCUCGGAGGAGUUUUCAUAAAUGGCAGACCUUUGCCCAACCACAUCCGACAUAAGAUCGUGGAGAUGGCCCACCACGGCAUUAGGCCGUGUGUCAUCUCCCGGCAGCUCCGGGUCUCCCACGGCUGCGUGUCCAAAAUCCUGUGCCGGUACCAGGAGACGGGCUCCAUCAGACCCGGAGCCAUCGGAGGCAGCAAACCCAAGCAGGGAACAACACCGGACGUGGAGAAGAGAAUUGAAGAAUACAAGCGGGAAAACCCGGGUAUGUUUAGCUGGGAGAUUCGGGAUAAAUUACUGAAGGAUGGGAUAUGUGACCGCAACAACGUGCCUUCAGUGAGCUCCAUCAGUCGCAUCAUGCGCAGCAAAUUCGGGGGGAAAGGCGAUGAGGAAGAAGAUGAAGAUGAAAUCGAGAAGAAAGAGUUGGAGGACAACGACCGGAGGGCCAAGCACAGCAUUGAAGGCAUCUUAGGAGACAGAUCGAGUCACUCAGACGAAGGUUCGGACGUGGAGUCAGAGCCUGAUCUGCCACUGAAGAGGAAGCAGCGGCGUAGUCGGACCACAUUCACAGCAGAGCAGCUGGAGGAGCUUGAGAGGGCUUUUGAGAGGACACACUACCCCGACAUCUACACCAGGGAGGAGCUCGCCCAGAGGGCCAAACUCACAGAGGCUAGGGUGCAGGUGUGGUUCAGCAACAGGCGGGCAAGAUGGAGGAAGCAAGCGGGAGCCAAUCAACUGAUGGCAUUUAAUCACCUGAUCCCAGGAGGUUUCCCACCAUCAGCCAUGUCCAGCAUCCCUCCGUACCAGCUCUCUGAGAGCACCUAUCCCCCCUCAUCUAUAGCGCAAGUGUCCGAGCCUCCCAGCACAGUGCAUCGGCCCCAGCCUCUGCCUCCCUCCUCAGGCCACCAGGCUUCCGGUGCAGGAGGACAGGGGGAGGGAGGCUCUGCCUACUGCCUCGCCUCCGGACGCCACUCCUUCUCAGGCUACUCAGACAGCUUUGUGAGCCCCGGAGGGCCAGCCAAUCCCAUGAACCCCGCCAUAGGAAACGGGCUCUCUCCACAGGUGAUGGGUCUGCUGAACCCAGGUGGUGUGCCACAUCAGCCCCAAAGCGACUACGCCAUCUCACCUCUGACAGGCGGCCUCGAGCCCCCUGCUGGCAUGGCCGCCAGCUGCAGCCAGCGCAUGGAUCACAUCAAGGGCCUGGAGGGUCUGACCAGCGUUCCCUCCAUGUCGGCUUUGCCCUCCCUGCCCAGCUCCCAGUCCUACUGCCCCCCCUCCUACAGCUCACCGGGCUACACUGUUGACCAUGUGGCGUCCUACCAGUACAGCCAGUACGGACAAAGUAAGGUGCCCUUCCUUAUCUGAGGCCUGAAAUCACCUGAUCAGAAGCUUCGGACAUUCGUGUGUACAGUCUUUUAAUAUCUGGACCAAACUUUUGCUACUAUAUACCAGGACACCUUCUCUACUGCAGGACUUUGUGUUAUUAAUUCUUGGUGGAGAAAUGGACAAAAAAAGAAGGGACCACAAGAAGGAAUAUCAGACCAAAAACUGUUGAUGACUGUGAACAUUGCUGCAUCAGUAUAAUAGAUGAACAGCAGAGAUGUCAGCGCUUAAUGUGAUUGGUUCAGUGGAGUCGGGACCAUCGACAGUGACCAGAGACCAUCUGUGGACUGCGGGGGGUCUUUGUAAGGACAGCAAACCCAAAUCUAUCGUCACAGACUACCAGCCCUUGAGCCGACUCUCGAAGGAACAUGUUUACAUAUCUUAGGGCCACAUGAGUCAAUAUGAAAUUCCAUUUAUCUCCAACUUAAUCCCCAAAUUGUAUCUGCUGAAGGGGGGAAAGAAAAGGGCUUUGUUGAUUUUAUUGCAUUUAUUUGAGCUCUCUGCAUCCCACACAUGGAGAGAAAUUCCAGAGAGAAGGAAAACAAACGUGAGCAAAUGAAUCUGUGGGUUUUAUUGUAUCAGAAACUCUAAUGUACACCACAGCUGUACUGCAGAGAAAGUUCAUUCAAACAUUCCUCCUACCUCCUCCCCCUUGGUCUCCCUCCCCUCUUGCCUUUCUGUCCCUCUGUCUCAUUGAUGUUUUGGACGGUGAGGCGAAGAACCAGGCCUUUUGUAGUUUUAGAGAGGAACUCGGAGGAGGUCAGGGGUGACUUUAGGGAAAGUGACAGAUGAGAGAGCGGUAGAGGGCAGCGGAGAAGUGGCUUUAAAGGCGAGGGGUGGGGGAUAGGCAAGAUCGAUCACAGGGUUAAAAAAACCCUUUAAAGAUCCUCUCCUGGAGAGAAAAAGCCACAGGGUCACAAGUCACGACCAAGAGACACUUGAGAGAUAGAGUUUAGACUAAAGACAGCCACUCUCCCAGCUGACCAGAAGUGCAAUAUCAUGUAUCUCAGAGUCAACCUCACCAUUAAAACAGUAAAAAAUCAAACAUGCCUCUGAAAGUCUUACGAAACACUUUGGAUUCCUACUCUGGAUCUAGUUUGGAACUCUGGAACAACACAUGUGCCUUUGAAGGCUUUUAGGUCCAAAACAAAUAGGAAACAUUGUUAAAAUUGCUGUAACAGUACACUGUGGGGACCACAUUUGUAAGGACUUAAGUCAGUGUAGUGUCACAAGGAAAAGAGUGGAUCAAGGGAAUAACAAUGUAAACAGAAAAUUACGAGGAAUGACAAAGCCAAAAUUGUUUUGUUUUUUUUUUAAAUCAUUUUGUGUCGCUUGGGACCUUUUUUGUUUCCAUUUUGAAAAAGGAGGAAAAAUUGAUUAGGUUUCUGAUGCAUUCUGGACAUAUUUAUUGUCACAAAUGUAAUGUGUGUCAACAGUGUCAGUGUAAACCUCUCCACAUUGUGUGAGUGAGUGACAAACAACACUUUAUCCAGCAAAUUACAGGGUGCCGUCAUAGGCACUCUUGUUUUGUCCAUCUGUCUAUGUUAGAAUGAACCAGUCCUUUCAUUCCUUUGAUAUAUUUUUUGUAUUAUUUGACAAAGCAAUGUGACAUAAUGUCAUGUGUACAAGCGCAUUAUCACUACUAUUUAUAAUAAAAUAAAAAUUCUGAAAAUA